AACCGAACGGAGCAAGCGGGGUAAGAGUGUCCAAAACCGCCUCUGACCGCCACUUUCAAACUACAUCCAUGAAAUAGCGCCGAAUGCGCACUUUUAAGCCACUGGAGUCCAUCUAGCUCUUCAAGAAGGCUUAAUAAAUUAUCCGGAGCCGACCCCGACGGCUGGGUUUAUGAGACAGAAAUACCCACUCUUGUUUAAUGUAUAUGAAGACAAAGACCUUGAUCAUUUGAUGUGGACCAGAAGAUGUUAAAGAAAUGAUAGCUGCACGGGAAUUACAAGCAGAGUUUCAUUACCCUCAGGACACUGACACCCACUUCUCAUCAGACACUGAUUUUGAUGAUCUUGAUGGAAGGAAUGUCUUCUCUGGGAAAGGGAAGGCGAAAAAAGGCAAGAAAGGCCCUGGAGAGAAGGGGAAAGGAGUGGGAAAAGGAGCUGGACGCAUGAACGGUCACCACCAGGAGAAUGGCAUGGAAAGUGUUAUGCUUUUUGAAGUGGUCAGGCUGGGGAAGAGUGCCAUGCAGUCUGUCGUUGAUGACUGGAUUGAGUCAUAUAAAAAUGACAGAGACGUUGCACUCCUCGACUUGAUCAAUUUCUUCAUCCAGUGUUCUGGAUGCAAAGGUGUUGUCACUGGUGAGAUGUUCCGGAACAUGCAAAACUCUGAAAUAAUCAGGAAGAUGACAGAAGAGUUUGAUGAGGACAGCGGCGAUUACCCACUCACCAUGGCCGGGCCACAGUGGAAGAAGUUCAAGUCCAGUUUCUGCGAGUUUAUCGGUGUGUUGGUACGGCAGUGUCAGUACAGCAUUAUCUAUGAUGAGUACAUGAUGGACACAGUCAUCUCACUGCUCACUGGCCUCUCUGAUUCUCAAGUCCGAGCCUUCAGACACACCAGCACACUGGCAGCCAUGAAGCUUAUGACAGCCCUCGUGAAUGUAGCAUUGAACCUCAGCAUCAACAUGGACAACACCCAACGUCAGUAUGAAGCAGAGAGGAACAAGAUGAUCGGCAAGCGGGCCAAUGACAGACUAGAACUUCUGCUUCAGAAACGCAAAGAGUUGCAAGAAAAUCAGGAUGAAAUUGAAAACAUGAUGAAUGCCAUUUUCAAGGGGGUCUUUGUUCACCGAUAUCGUGAUGCAAUAGCUGAGAUCCGGGCAAUCUGCAUCGAGGAGAUUGGUGUGUGGAUGAAAAUGUAUAGUGAUGCAUUUCUUAAUGACAGCUACCUUAAGUAUGUGGGUUGGACCAUGCAUGACAAGCAAGGUGAGGUGCGUCUGAAGUGUCUCACAGCCCUGCAGGGUCUGUACUAUAACCGUGAGCUCAAUGCCAAGCUGGAGCUCUUCACCAGCCGCUUCAAGGACCGAAUCGUGUCUAUGACGCUGGACAAGGAGUAUGACGUUGCAGUGCAAGCAAUAAAACUGCUCACGCUGGUUUUACACAGCAGUGAUGAAGUUCUGACUGCAGAAGACUGUGAGAGCGUGUACCACCUGGUGUACUCUGCCCAUCGACCUGUCGCUGUGGCAGCUGGAGAGUUUCUCUUUAAGAAACUGUUCAGUCAUCGAGACCCUGAGGAUGACAGUAUGCCCAAGAGACGAGGCAGGCAGAGUGUGAAUGCCAACCUCAUCAAAACCACUGUCUUUUUCUUCCUGGAGAGUGAGCUUCACGAGCACGCUGCCUAUCUUGUGGACAGCAUGUGGGACUGUGCAGCAGAGAUACUGAAGGACUGGGAGUGUAUGAUAAGCCUACUGCUUGAUGAACCACUGCCUGGAGAAGAAGCUCUGACGGACAGACAGGAGACUGCUCUGAUUGAGAUCAUGCUGUGCACCAUCCGUCAGGCUGCAGAGUGCCAUCCACCUGUGGGUAGAGGCACAGGCAAGAGGGUUCUGACGGCGAAGGAGAAGAAGACUCAGCUUGAUGACCGGACCAGAAUGACGGAGCUCUUUGCCAUAGCACUGCCACCUUUACUUGCAAAGUACUCUAUUGAUGCAGAGAAAGUGACUAACCUUUUGCAGCUGCCCCAGUUCUUUGAUCUGGAGAUCUAUACCACAGGACGUUUGGAAAAGCACCUGGAUUCAUUGUUAAGACAAAUCAGAGAAAUUGUGGAGAAGCACACAGACACAGAUGUACUGGAGGCUUGCUCCAAAACCUACCACUCCCUGUGCAAUGAGGAGUUCACCAUCUUUAACCGGGUGGAUAUUGCCCGCAGUCAACUCUUGGAUGAGUUAGUGGACAAGUUCAACAAGCUUCUGGAGGACUUCCUGCAGGAGGGUGAAGAUCCAGAUGAAGAUGAUGCUUAUCAAGUUCUGUCCACACUGAAGAGGAUCACUGCUUUCCAUAAUGCUCAUGACCUCUCCAGAUGGGAUCUCUUUACCAGCAACUACAAGUUAUUGAACACUGGUAUUGAAAAUGGCGACAUGCCUGAGCAGAUUGUUAUUCAUGCUCUGCAGUGCACACAUUACGUCAUUCUUUGGCAUUUAGCCAAGGUCUCAGAGGGUAUGUCUAAAAGGGAGGACAUGGUGACUCUGAGGAAGCAAAUGAGGGCAUUUUGUCUGAUGUGCCAGCGUUACCUAACCAGCGUCAGCACCGCCGUCAAAGAGCAGGCCUUCACUAUUCUCUGUGACCUGCUGUUGAUCUUCAGUCAUCAGAUCAUCUCAGGGGGGAGGGAAGCUCUGGAGCCCCUAGUAUAUAAUCCUGAAGCAUCCCUGCAGUCCGACCUCCUUAAUUUCAUCCUGGACCACGUCUUCAUUGACCAGGAUGAAGACAACAACAGCACAGAUGGGCAGCAAGACGAUGAAGCAGGAAAAAUCGAAGCUUUGCACAAGAGGCGAAACCUGCUGGCAGCAUAUUGCAAACUCAUUAUCUACAAUGUAGUUGAGAUGAACACUGGUGCAGAUAUAUUUAAGCAAUAUAUGAGGUAUUACAAUGAUUAUGGGGAUAUCAUCAAGGAAACCAUGAGCAAGACGAGACAGAUCGACAAAAUCCAGUGUGCUAAGACACUCAUUUUGAGCUUACAGCAGCUAUUCAAUGAAAUGCUGUCAGAUUUGGGUCCAAGCUUUGACCGCUCGUCCUCUGCUUUCUGUGGCAUUAAAGAGCUUGCUCGCCGUUUCUCUCUGACUUUUGGCCUGGAUCAGCUCAAGACCAGAGAGGCAAUCGCCAUGUUACACAAGGAUGGUAUUGAGUUUGCAUUCAAAGAGCUGAAUCCUCAGGGUGAGGGACAUCCGCCUCUCAACCUGGCAUUUCUGGACAUCCUCAGCGAGUUCUCAUCCAAACUCAUGCGUCAGGACAAGCGGACUGUGCACAUGUAUUUGGAGCGCUUCAUGACAUUUCAGAUGGCCCUGCAGAGAGAGGACUGCUGGCUGCCGCUCAUCUCCUACAGGAACUCAUUGCAGGCAGGGGGUGAUGAUGACACCAUGUCUGUGGUCAGUGGCAUCAGCAGCCGUGGCUCCUCUGUCAGGAGCAAGAAAGCAAAACCUGUUACUGGCAAGAGGAAAUUACCUGAAGAGGAGAGCAGUAGCAGUAGUGAGGUGUGGAUGAGCCGUGAGCAGAGUAUGCAGACACCAAUUAUGAUGACAUCACCCCACCUCACCUCCACCGUCAUGAGAGAGCCCAAACGCCUGCGCCCUGAGGAGAGCUAUAUGGGAGUGUACACCAUGACCCCUGACCAGCAACAACAGCACACACACCCUCAGACUCCACAGCCACAACACCACCACUCACCCAUAGACUACAACACACAAGUCACCUGGAUGCUUGCGCAGAGACAGCAGCAAGAAGAGGUGGCCAGACAGCAGCAGGAGAGAGCUAUGAACUACGCCAAAUUAAGGAGCAACCUUCAGCAUGCCAUCCGUCGUGGAACAGGGCUAAUGGAGGAUGAUGAGGAACCUAUUGUGGAAGAUGUGAUGAUGUCAUCAGAAGGCCGGAUUGAGGAUCUCAAUGAAGGCAUGGACUUUGACACCAUGGAUAUUGAUCUGCCCCCAUCAAAGAAUCGACGAGAGCGAUCAGAACUGAAGCCUGACUUUUUCGACCCUGCCUCCAUCAUGGAUGAGUCUGUAAGAAGCACUCAUUUCCUGGGUUAUGAUGCUUUUCAGCGGUAAUGGGGACUGGUUCACUCCACCUCUAAGGACGUGAAAGAGAGAUCACCACUAGAUGGCACUAUCAGGAGUGAUUUCAGUGUUGUUGAAUUGCCCUUCUGCAAAAAAAAAAAAAAAAAAGCAGGAGAGAGGGAGAGCAUCUCACUGUAAUAAAUACUAAUCAGACUCAUCUGGACUGAUGAUUAAAUUAAACGCUUGUUUGGUAACACUAAACAUUGAACAGAAUUUGAACAUUUUCUCUUGUAGGUCCUGGGAGUGCCUAUGUUUUAAGAUUAUAAUUGGAGGAGUGUGAAGAAAAGAGACCUUUUGUGUGAAUUCAGAUUGAUUCUCUAAAGAGAAUUAAAUUUAAUGGAGUGAUUGGCAUCCAAAUCGGCUCGUACUAUUGACACUUAAAACGGAAAGGAAAAAGGAGCAAUUUUAAAGUCUUGUCUUAAAAAGCAUUUUGUGGGCUUUCCCUGAUCAUGCAAAAAGUGAAGGUAGAUACUGAACGAAGUGGAAUCUCAGACUGUUUUCAGCCAUACAAUGUUGAACAUCAUCAUGUUUGAAACAUAUGUAAGAUCUCUUAGAGUUGUGUUAUUUCUUGAAACCGGGGGUGAAUGCAUCUUUUUUUAACUUAAAGACAACUUUAUGUAUAGCCCUUUUGUAAUAGUGAGUAAUCUGGUGUAAAGUAGUAAUUUAUAAGCAGUUUUUUUGCUCAUCAUAAUGAGUAUUGAUAUAUUUUAUUGUUAUCUCAUGAGAUGUAAAUUGGAUGAAAAUCUCCAGGUCUUUAUAUCUAGUAUUUUUCAUUUUCUUUUCCUCCUACUGUAAAGAUCAUAAAAUACAAUACAAAGCUUAAAUUGAAACACUCUGAGUCCGAUUUAUUACUGCCUUUGGUGCAUGUGUAAAUUUUGGAGCAAUUUCAGUGGCAUGCUCUGUGAUUGGUUAAUGCUAAAUACCUCAACCACUCAAUGGCCCUGUUACUCUUUUUGCGCCAGUAAAACAACAGUUUUGAUGUGCCAACUGCCCUAUUAAAUUAGGCGUUUAGACUCCCAGUCUCUCUCUGGAGAUGCACUGAAAGAAGUAAUGGAUAAUUAUUUUUCCGCUGAGUCACAAGGCGUAUCCAAAGAUUAGAUGUGCUCACUUGUCCCUCUAAAAUCUAAGAUCAAGCAAAGAAGAGGAAAUCUCUCCAGUAGUGCCAUUGUGUUGUCUCUAACUGAAACAGAAUUAGUGUAGUUUGUCUGGAGAUUUUCUUCUCCUUAAUUAGAGCUAUGUAGACAUCUACAUUUAAAUAAAGUUAUAUAUAAAUAUAUAAAUUGGUGCUGAUUUUAUAACUGUGCUUUUAGUUUUGUUUCCCCCUUAUUUUUAAAACCUCAAUUUAGAGUUCAAAGGUUAUGGAAAUGUAUAAGAACAUGUCUAAACAUGAAUGUGUGUAGCCAUGCAGCAAGCAAUGUUUUGAGAUAUUUUUUUUUUUUUUUUUUUUUGCGUGUGUGUUUUGAUUUUUAUUGUUUCUUUGUCAGUCUUAAAGAGUUUUUAGAUUUUCACCUUUUUUCUUUAUUGUAAAUGAGUUUCAGCUAUACAUUCAGCUCUUUUCCCCCUCCCCCCGUAUGAAAUAUUUGAAAUGUAACAUAACAUCCUAUGAGUUCAUAAAUGUUACGGCAUUGCUUUCGGCAGCUCUAUGAAGCUUGACUAAUACAUUAUUACGUUAACUUAUAUUAAAGACGUACAUUUUGUCUGGGUUAUACUUUUUAAUCAUUCCAUGCCUUGGCCUUAAGACAUCCUUGUUUUAAAAAAGGUGGUUGUCAAAACACAAAUCUUCCUUUUUUUUAUGUAUGUGUUACAUGUGGAUUUCCUUUUCAUCAGAAAAGGGAUGAUAUAUUUCUGAAGUGGCAUGAGUGUGAUUAUUUAAAAGAUGGUGUGCAGACAGAUUUUGAAUUUUAAGUAAAUUCUGUUGAGCUAAAACUGUCUUCUGUUCCUCACCACUACAUUUAAUAAAACUGCUGAAUAGAUUGUGUAAAUAUACAUGCAUUUAAACGUAAAGCGUAAUUUUCUAGUGCUUUUUUCUGUUAACAUUUAAAACUUAUCACUUUACCCUGUUCAGAGGUAUAAACCCAUACAUAACCGUUUCCUUGUCCUCUGUUAUCCACUGUAAUGUUUCUGGUUUGUAUCUGUCUGGAGACAGUACGUUUUUGAAUAAAAGUAAACAAAUCUU